GAGCAGCUUCGUUUGGAAACGAGCGCCGGUCCAACGAAUGCUGGGACACAACACUGGCUCUCUGAGCUAUGCGAAAGGACUAGGCGCAGAGUUAAAUAAUGUUGAAUAUAGUAUGAAAUGGCCGUAGAGUUGUUGUAAGGAAAACCCAAUUAAGUAAUAUAAGUCUAAACAUCGCAAAAAGGCGGCUCACAAAAGCCGAACAACAAGGAUUGCAUCCUUGAUCGUAACUGUGCAGUGUGUGUGUGUGUACAUGUCAAUUGUGUAACUUGUAUAAGUGGGCUGGCUGGUGUAACAGGCGAUGAGAGAGCUGGCCACGGGCUGGCCAUACAUAGGCAUACACAGGUCGGCGUACACCUGGACAUGCGCGAAAAUAGUGUAAUCAUUGCUGUCCAAGAAGCUGUUCCUAAAGGGUUGGGCCUCGGGUAAGGCAAAUAGGAAUCCGAUGUGAGGCCGGGCCAGAUUUUGGACCUCUGUCAAAAGGAGGACACUACUGUAUUUACUGAAACGCUGGAAAAAAGGAAGGCUCAGCAAUAAAAGAGAACUAUUCUGACGCCAAACUGACGGCAUUGGGAAUAGAGUCAAGCUGAAUUAGGUCGUGACCGACGCCAUGGGCGAAGACAAAGUGUUGCCUUUUUUGUGGACCUUCAAAAUAUACAAUGCAACCACGUUGGAUCUUGUCAGGAAAUUAACCCAUUGAGUUAACGAUUGCCUAAACCUGAAAGAAAUUCCCACAGCAUCUAAGACAGCCAUUUCGCGAAGGCAGAAUAGAUAUUUAGACAACAAAUAAGUUGAUAUCGGCCCCGACGGAGAGAAUGAGAAUCUCUCAUUGCGAGAACGUAUCCGCUACUGUUUAAUUUUUGUGAAUGUGGUGUAUCAAUUGUUCCUUAUAUCACGCACAAUUCGCAACGCGAACUCCGAGCCCUCUACAAGUACUGCUGUUCCGUGGUCCCGAAAGGAAUCAAAGUUACCAGUUAAUGAGGUGAAAACACAGUCUAGUUGAAAAUAGCGCUCGUCAAAAAUCCCUCUUUUCAUCUAACGAGUGCUCCCGCCUGCCAUCAACGAACCCAUGCCCUGGUAAAAAACACUGCGACCGAUUCCCCGAUCACCAGCUCGCUGGGUCAGCCGUCCUAAAUGUGUUUCAUUUAACUUCAAUCUCACACACCCAAUCGUUUCUGUUCACUACAACAUUACCUGUUACUGACCCGACUUGCCAGGGCCGGUAAUCUCCGUCGGCUCGUUUUACCAGCGCAAUGUCUCUGUUGUGUUCAGGCGAACCCGAUUCACCUAUCCCUGUUACGGGAACGCUCCCAGUCGCCGGAACGACCACGGCCGCUGCGGGUAUCGGCGGGCCUAAAACGCAUUCAUCAUUUGCUAUUCACCACCUGCUCGGACUCGGCCAGCAGCAGGCCACUCCUUCACCAAGUCCCGUGCCACCGCGAGCUUUUGCCUCGCCCGUCAGUACAUCCUCGUAUGGCUCGAGUCCGCCAUAUCCGUUCCCUGCUCCCCGCUCGCCGCCACUCUCGGCGCUCGAUCAGGGAGCGCAGGCCCGGUUGUACUUCGGGGCCGCAGCGGCCGCGGCAUUUAUGCCAGCGGGCGCUUUCCUGAACCUCGCCAGUGCAGCGAUAGGCCACGGAACGCAUGCUGACACCGGCGCUAGUCCGUUCCACGACCUGUCAGCGAUGGCGAGCGUCGGUGUCAAUAUGGCUGGGAUUGGUGCGGGAAUGGGACUUGGGAUGAGCGGUGUGGGAGCUGCGGCAGCUCGCAUCGACGCCACGAAUCUCAGAGACGUUCGCGACGUUGGGAGCGUCAGUCCGGGAUCUCUCGCCCAGCAUCAGCACCAUCAUCAACAUGGACUACCAGACCUGAGGCUUCCCGUCGGAGUUGCGGUAAGUGGCUCGGGGCCGGCAACAAGCCCCCCAAGAUUCGACGAAGAUUCCAGCCAUGCCCAAGAAGGCGGAAAUCGGGGCACAACGAACAAAAAACAAAAAAAGAAGAGAAGACACCGAACGAUAUUCACUAGUUACCAGUUGGAAGAGCUGGAAAAAGCUUUUAAAGAAGCUCAUUACCCUGACGUGUACGCGAGGGAGCUCCUCUCCAUAAAAACGGAUCUGCCAGAAGACCGCAUUCAGGUAUGGUUCCAGAAUCGACGAGCAAAAUGGCGUAAAACAGAGAAGUGUUGGGGAAAGGCAACCAUCAUGGCUGAGUAUGGCCUAUACGGCGCGAUGGUACGACACUCACUGCCCUUACCCGAAAGUAUCCUGAAAGGUGCCAAAGAAGGUGAGGGUGCCAAUGGGACCGCCACAGCACCCUGGUUGUUAGGCAUGCACCGUAAAUCAUUGGAGGCUGCCGAGAAGCUCAAGGAUGGUACAGUGAGUGAAAACUCAUCAACUAGCCAUGAGAUCAACGAGCGCUCCAAUCCUUCCGCGACGUCCCGGUCCGACCCAAUGGCAAUGCCUCCUGUUGUAACCGAUGCCACCGCUGAGAGUCAGCUCAAUAGCCAUUCUGUUUCCAUGACACCUCUCCAUGGUUGUCAUGGCAGCUCCCAGUCUAUUGGUUGCCAUGACGAUCACGCAAUGGUCGUCGACAAUAGUAGCCACAUAAAUGUUGAUGACCAAAAUCUCGAUAACUGUCAUGAUGAUCUUGAUAGUCCGGAACAGCAACGGCAGAGGGAUUCCUCGGUGCGAAGAAGACAUCGUCUGCUUCAGGGUCCAUUAGACAGAGUUCACAGUGGUGAAAGUGAAACUGCUGGAGGAGCUGGUAUCAACAAAAACCAAAGCAACACCAACAAUAAUGGCGGCGGCAGCAGCAGCAGCAGCAGCAGCUUUCAGGACAACGCUACCGAUCUCAGGUCGCCAAUAACCUUGUCGAUGGCGCGGCAUCCGUCCCUUUCAACUCUCGGCCUUCGAGUGACGCAGCAACAUCAUCAGGCUCAGAGGUCGGGACUACACGUUCACGUAAAUGCCAAUCUCGCGCUCAGUUUGCAAAGUAAUGAGGAAGCGACCGAUCUGUGCGUGAAACGUGAGUCCGAGUCGCAACUGCCUGCGAGCUCUUCCGCUGCAUGUCGCCACGCAGUACCAUCACCAUCACUGACAGCGUCGUCAAUCGACGCUACGAUGACGCCAUCCAACACGUCAUCCGAUAUCAAGGAUACUCUCCGGGACCUCCGACGUGGGGGAGGAGUGGGAAGUGGCGACAGUGAUCAACAGCAGCAACAAGUCGUACAACAACCAACAGACUCGAAACCUCGUCGACUUCUUCAUCACUCGAUCGACGCUUUGUUUCGGGGGCAGUUCCGGACAACGAAUAGCAGCAGCACGAAUGAACUAAGCGCUUCUGACUCCUCGGACCGGACUGGUGUUAGGAAUAAUCUCGAUGUCCAUAGCCCGUUAGCCAUGACGUCACUGGCCUCCGAUAGAGCAGCAACAGUAACAACUGGUCAGAUCAGCCACGGUAACAACCAAAAUGCUAAUACAUCUCACGCCACUUCAGAAUAUCGAAAUCUGUCUAGCUCUAAUACGACCAACCGAUUACUUUUUACAUCGGCGCAGGAGUCGCCGAUGCACGGACACGCCACCGCCCCUAGCGGCAGCAACACCAAAAACGCGUCAAACGAAACCAAUAAAGGCCAUUCGGCGGCGACGUCAUUGAUGCACAACAACAAUAACAAGAGCAGCACAAACAGCGUCAACUGUAAUACCGCUAACACCAGCAACGACAACGACAACAGUAGCAAUUUACAAUCACAGACAGCGAUGACCAGCAGACGACAGAGCAUGGCCAUAACGACAACGGUGGUUUCGACAGCGACCGCCGUAGCUGGCCAGCAAACGACGCCAGCGUACACUGACGGGGAACGAUCGAAUAGCGCAUAACUGUUGUUGAACGCGGUCGCCCUCGACGUCAGCGACUAUCCUCUCGAGCCCCUUAAUAUAACGACGAUAGGGUUUCUAGCACAGAACCGGUUUCUUAGACGUUAUUGUCCACCCGAUGACUCAGAUCAAUAACGUACAUGAGAAAUAGAGCGAUAAUGUAGAUUCGAACUGAUUCUUGGCCUAAGACGUCAUAGCAACUCCUACUGAACCACUUGCGUAUUUUUCUGAUUGCGUAUUUCUUGCGAAACUUUUUCUGAUCAGUGCUAAUCAGGCUGAACUUGUACGUUUUCGCCAUAGAAGCAAUUUCGUUCAAAUAAAACCACAAUAAGUUAGUGGAAAUACCCUGUUCGAGGGCAAGCGUCAACGACCAGUUACAAGAUACGAAUGGUUUCCCGUCCACGCUACGCGUACGGAUAGAUGUACGCUUUGCUACAAUGAGGCGUUCGCCGAUCGACGAACGUCCUUCAUUUGACUUUCGACAAUGGCCAUCUUUAACGCAACUAGACAACGCAGUUGCUGAAAACAAAGCACGUAAUGAUAAAACAAACAUAAUAAGUAGUUCACUUCAAGCCUAAAAGAAUACAGGACUUGAGACUGUAAAAUACCUGCAGCGAAAUCCUUGUACCCAUUAGCUCCGUGAUAACAUCAUUUUCAUUGAGACACAGAUGACAGACGCGUAACAGUGACGUAUUGUUUCCUAACAAGACCGACAAGAGACUAGGAAAAAUAGAAAUUUCAUACGUUAAAUUUUUUUUCUCGAUUCCGUUUAGUCUAUAGCUGUAUCGUGUCGAAAGGACAAAAAUUGUAUGGAACUUUCGACGAUUCCCAAAAACCCUUCUAAACAAGCAUUCGCUGUCCGCAUAAGACGAACGAGAACAAACUAUAGUAAAGAUAGGUCCAUUAUGCCAAUAGUCGCGGCAAGGCCUGCCUCACAUGCGUCGUCAGCGACGACUCACAAACAAAUGGCAGUAAGAUCAAACUUAUACAACAGCAAACAUUUAUAAUGAUACGCUUAUAGAACUGCUGUCCAGCAUCAGGAUUAGCCGACGGUUGUCGGUAACCUGUUAGCAUCGGCAUAAACAAGUGACAAUGAUGGGAAAAAAAAAUAGGCACUAUACGAACGCAUCAAGAUGACCGAGAAAUUUUGACGCAGACUGACGAAGCUCUUCGACUGGAUGACGGUGAACAUCGUUCGGUGUCUGUCGUUCUGUGAAGCGGAACGAAGGCAGUAGCUGCCACAGACGAACCGAAACCUCAGAGUAAAAGCAGGGCCUAGUAAAUAAGGACUAAGUUUAAUACGUAACAGUAGCAUUGAUGGUGGUGACGAUAACAAUGAUAAUAAUAAUCAACUCAAAGCAAUACAAUGCAAUGCAAACCAGUAUUUGUAGAGUAAAGUAAAGCGACUUAUAGAAGAAUAUGUGGAAAUGACCGCAAAGGCAAAUCAGCACUGAUAGUGUUUGACAUACUAUACGUAGAUCAGUUAUGUUCUAAUCGCUUUCGUACAUGGACUAAGUACAGAUGAAGCCGAAAAAUUGAUCGGUGGAUGAACGAACGAAUGGGUACUUUGUGGGGCAAUGAUCCAUAUUUUAGCAGUGAAUAAGCUUACGCUUGUAACGACAGCAUACAGACACGCAUAGACACACGCACUAUCUGAUUCCUCUUCAUUGAAUUCCCACAUAACAGUAAUCACAGAUAUGUACAGAUCUAGGUAUCUAUGCUGUAUAUGUGAUUUACUAAUUGUUUAUAACAGUGUAUCCUCAAUAAUGGGCAUGUUUUUGUGUCAUCGGUAACAGAACAUAUUGUCGUACAUCCGCUGUUUGGAGUGGAGAAAGGCACGCGGAACUAUAUAUAUAUAUAUAUAUACAGGGCCUUUCUUGUCCGUGGUCCUAGGUCACUUAUUACUAAUGAGCAGCGAUAGCGAUAACGGAAAUGCUACUGUCGAUGAUGAUUAAAUUAACAUCAACACUAGCAAAAUGUAAAAACCGUAACUUACAAUAUACUCAUGUGGUACUAUUACAAUAUAAUUCUUGGUAGGUAGAUCAAAGACAACGAUAGUAGCAUAGUGUUGAUUCCGCCACCUGCAGUAUGACGCGGGCUACACGUAUCGCGAGUGACGCACAGGAAAAGGGCACGCAAAAACGUCAAUUGAAUUUUUGCCCAAUGUUGGCGCUAAUGGAAAAUUAAUUACCGUGCAUCUGUCGCGGAAGUUUUUUUGACCCGUCGUCUAUUUCAUCCAUUCUAAGAUAAGCGAACAACAGCGAAGAAAAAUUAGGACGGCAAUAGCCACCAUAUUAUAACUGAUGCUAUUAUCUGGGAUAAUUAGAAAACUUUGUGUGUAAUAGAAAGUAUUAUUAUUAUUAUACAGUAGGUACGAGUAUAUGAGCAGAUUUAAAAUGAAUACUGAAUAUUAUGAUAAAUGGUUAUCAUUGUAAAUACGUGCGGAGCAUAACCUUGAAAUAAACCAACAACCAACUUAUUGGACCGA